UGUUACCUGAAUUUAAGUGACAAAAUGAAUUAUUGCAUUUAUCUAUGGAUUGUAUUAAUUUAUAAUAUUGUUCUAUCUCAAACUGACGAAAUUUAUACAACCAUUUCUAGUCAAUCAUUAACGUGCAAUUCACUGCUUACAAAUAAUGUAUUACAAUAUCAUAUUAAACAGUUAUUAACUCAUUAUGGUAAAGAUAGUGAGUAUAAAAUUGGUUAUCCAAUAAAAUUUGGUGCUACUGAAUUCUUUGAUGUAAAGAUUAACGGUUUAUCUGAUGUUCAAUUCGCUGGACCUGUUGAUAUUGUUGACCUACCAUCAGGUGAUGUACACUUGAUAUUUACUCUACUAUUUGAUUAUCUUAUAAUAAAAGGUCAAAUGAAAAUGCCAGUGUUCAUGAGAAAAGUUCGGCCAGUAGAAAUUAAAAUGCAAUCAACUAAAAUAUUUUUAGAUUUACUACUCUCACAACCAAUGGACAGUAAUAAGAACAACUCUAAGAACUAUCAGCCUUUACCAGUCAGUGUGAGAAAAGUCACCGUGAUUCAUUGGAAUAAACUGAAAUUCGAUAGUAGAGGUUUCUUUACUAAAUUCUUUAAAAUGUUCAAUCGUCUUCGCAUGUAUGACAGUGUAAUCAAGCGUUCUAUUGAAAAGGAGAUUUAUCAACAAAUGGAAGGAUCAUUGAAAUCAUUUUUUGAAUAUUAAAUCGUUUAAUAUGAACUGAUCAAGAAAAUAAUGGGUAGUAAAUUAUAUCCAAUGCAAAUUUCCGCUAAAUCUCUCUGUCUUCCAUUUCAGUCUUUAAACGUAUAAAAAUUUCAAUUUCCUUCAAAAUAAAGUAUUUUUAAAUUAUUUCUCACUAUUGUGAAGCUAAAUUUAUCAAAUUUCUGGAUGUUUUACCUCCGUUCUACUCAGAAGUUUUCUUAAUGCCUCUGAGGACAUUGAAUUGUGAUAUGCGAUAGAUUUCUAUGGGGAGGUGAAUUUAACACCAUCUAAAUUUUAUCUAGAAACUACUCUGAUCUUUUUUGACACAUACUGAUGUCUAAUAUUGUUACACUGAUUGUAUUUCACUCAUGAAAUGGUUUUAAAAGUAAUGAUUAACAGCAAUUAAAACGUUUAUUUUUGAUAGCAAGUUAAUAUCUUUCGUGAUUGAAAAAUAAAUUAGUUAAAAUAUUUUAUACUACUUUAAGUAGUUAGAUCUAACAACAUGAAAAUUAUAGACUUUAUGUUUGGAAUAUUUUGAAGUACUUGAAUACAUGUUUAAGG